GUCUUCGAAGUCUGGACCAGAUUCGAGAACGCUGCAUAGCUCAUUGUAUCCUUUAAAGCAACGGAAAUUUACACCGAUCAUACCUAUUCAAUCACCCGCUCGAUGCUCCCGCGUUGAGCUCAAUUCAGAAUGACCGCACCCUCGUUUUCUUCCUUUCCACCCUCGUUCGCCUCGUUCCCAGACCUUGAUCCUGGUCCGAGUAGGCAUAGCCUGUCCCCGACGCGAAAUGAAAGUACUGCGGACGAAUCUCGGGAGAAAACCAGAAAGCAUAAAAAGGAUAAGAGCGAACGCCACGGUAAGAAGUUGAAAGACGAGUCCCGAAAAGACAAGAGGCAUAAGACGGCAAAGGAUGUUCAUGAGCCGGUACUUCCCAGGCAACACAGACCUACAUCGAAGGAUGUGAUUAUACCGGAUGAUGAAAAACUCAAGGCCGAGGAGGAUAGACGUCUUGCUCAGAAUGAUCAUCAAGACAGCCAAUGGGAUUCUCGCCCAGUGUUCUUCUCUGAUCGAAAAGGUGAUCAACUAAAUGUUACAUAUGGCGGCAUCCACGCUGGUGAUAUUCCAAAAUAUCAUAUUGUGAACCGUGGUAGAAGUAUUCUUGGCCUUGAUGGGGACUGGACUAUCUAUCGCAAAGGAGGCAAGGCUAUAGAGAUAAACAUAGGGAGGAGGCAUAAGCAACCCGCCCUGACGGACUCAAGCGUAGCAACGUUAUUGGCAGCACCCCCAUGUCAACGCCUUAUUGGAUCUGGGGAUAGUUACAAGUAUGAAGAAGUGGACGGCUUCUUGCGACUACCCUCCAACCGCCGUCCCAAAGCUGCCGAAGACUAUCGUUCUAUAACUAAACACCAAGACAAUCUUGAUUCAGACUCUCAGUCGUCCGUUUCAGACGACAGCUCGGAUGAUGAGUCAGGAACACCCGUUCUUACAUCACAUCAGUUGUCCUUGAAGGCCCUGGAGCAGCAGCUGGCCGCUGAUCCAUCUUCAAUCGAAAUAUGGUUAUCACUCGUGAGACAUUCAAUAUCGAACAUCCCCCUCACCUCGAAAAAUGCGGCCAAGGCUCGCGCCGAAAUAACACUCUCUAUUCUCACUCGUGCUCGUGCUGCCCAUCCGCACAACCGCUCAUCUCGCAUUCUAUUCCUGAAGUAUCUGAGGGCAGGAGAGGAUGUCUGGCACCAGAGUAAAACUAAGGCCGAGUGGGAGGACGCCCUGAAACUCGGGGGAAUUGAAAUUUGGAUGGAUUGGCUUGAAUGGCGCAUUCGUACCACUGCUAGUGGAGUUGAUACGUCAGUCGCUGAUGCGACGCGCGUCUUAAACGCGCUCAGCGGCUCUGAGGGCAGUGAAAUUGAUAAUCUGCGUGUUUUAUGGCGAGUUGCAGUCGCAUUCCAACAAGCAGGCUACCAUGAACGCACAACUGCCUUAUUCCAGGCACAAGCGGAAUUAACGUUCGAGGCACCUCAGUCAUUACAUGGACUUCCCCUUGAAAAGCAAUUAGAGUCCCUUGAGGAAUUUUGGGAGUCCGAAGUACCGCGCGUCGGCGAGCCUGGAGCCAAAGGCUGGGGUGAUUGGAUCUCAUCCGGUCGACCCGACAACUCCGGUUCCCCGCUGACGGCGGUUGCCCAGAUGGACGUUGACGACCAAUCGAAUGACCCAUAUGUGCAAUGGCACCACGACGAGUUGCGCGCAGAUUGUGCAUCACAUGUACCCGCCCGCUCCACGGACAAGAGGAGCGAGUCUGACCCAUACACGACCGUUCUGCUUUCGGAUAUCAAGGCACUACUAUCGCCCUUCCACACGGAAGGUGCUAAGAAUGCCUUCCGUUUAAUCUGGUUAUCCGUCCUAGGCUUGCACAUUCCUGGUCUUGUGGAAACACUGUCACAGGGAUCUUGGGACGACAGAUGGUCAUACACGUACCUCAGUUCUUUCUCGCGGUUGCACUCGAUUUUUCCUGAUACUGCGAGACAGCGGCAAUUGCUCGCCGACUCUCUUGCUGGCACGCUCAUAGGGAAGGAAAGAGAAUUUUCGAGUGCAUUCGGCCCGAUCAAAGAGUGGAGUAGAGAUGCCCUCGGACCGUUGGAGUGGAUAGGCAAAGAUAAGUGGCGAAUGUGGACUGCUGUUGAUCUGCAAGGAAUCAACCAGGACUUUGUACGGGCCGUAUUCAAACAACUUAGGUGCGGCAGCGAGGAUUAUGAGUGGGACAUCUACGCACUAGCAUUUGAAGCAGCCCUUAGUAUCAAAAGCGCUCUGAAGCUCUCACGAACGUUUUUGUCGACAGCACGAGAUUCUCUGCCGCACUGGGUAGCCCACGCACGUCUGGAACGCUUGCGCGAGCACGUAGAUGAUGCCCGUAAGGUCUAUCAAACGGUGCUUGUAGCCUCUCAGCAUCCACCAACCCAGCCUUUCGUCGGUCAGUUAUGGCGGGAUUGGGCGGAGAUGGAAUGGCUCAGUGGUGACCAGAAUGCGGCACUACGUAUUAUCCAGCGCUCAGUCAACAUCGAGGGUUCGGGUGGCAUGAUGAUUCUUCGUGUAAAACGCAGCCUCGAUGAUACGAUUAAUUGCCCACAUGAGCAGUGGAAGGACCGAGAGGCUUGGAUAAGCCUGCGAGCCUUGGUCGAAUUGCUUACUUCCUCGUCUCAAGAUGCGGCACUCGUCAUCUUUGACUCUCAGCCUGCUGCCAGCGUUAAUGAGAGUCCUGGUCUCAGAGAAAGUAUGAUGGUUGCAUCUCUUAUGCUACUGUACAACCAUUUAGUCAUCCUACGAAGUCCUACUCCGCCAGCUGUCCUGAGGGAUCGACUGCAGAUUGCCAUCGACACUUAUCCGGGCAACAGCCUAGUGUUGGGCAUGUUUCUAGAGGCCGAGAAGGGACAUGGUAUCUGGGGUCGGGUACGGGCUCAGCUCGGACAAAGCACGGCUGAUGGAGGCCCGAUGGAAAAGAACGUUUCACGGCGUAUCGCAGAAGUCUGGGUUGCUGGCUGGGAGAAAGGCCGGUGGCAGAGUGAGAUCGAACGCACGCGGAGCGGUCUUGCUGCGGCUGCAGAAAGCGAGAGGACGAAAGGAAGCACUAUCUUGUGGCGUGUCAUUUUGGAAUUCGAGAUUCGAGUCGGGGAGUUGGAAAGGGCCAAGAAACUGCUUUACAGAGCAGUGCAUGAAUGUCCGCUUGGCAAGGAUCUAUAUAUGUUGGCUUUUGGGCCGCUGCGAUCUGCGUUUAGCGCUCACGAGCUUGACGCUUUCGUGGACAUAAUGGCAGAAAGGGGCAUUCGAAUGAGGAAGGGCGUAGAUGAAUAUCUUGAGAGGGUAACUGACGGAGAUGAACUCGCUUCUGAUAGGGAAGAUCUAGACGGUUCCGAAGAUGAGAUCGAACAUGAGGCGAGGGAGAGGCGGCUAUUGAUGCCAUACUAAGUUUAGUCUAGAAGUACUUUGCUUCGCAAUUUCCGGGUUCUCGAGGCUGUACGGUGUGCAAAUAAACAACAACUUACGCC